CCAUCUGCAUGCAAUCACUUUCUAUCUCUCUCCAAUUCUUCUUCUCCUAUAUAUUGACUAGAAAUCUUGCACACACACUUAAUAAUCCCCAAACAUCUCCAAAAAACCCCCAAAACUUUUCAAAAUCAACAAAACACCCCACACAUAAAAAUGAGAAAUAAUUUCGUCCCUGUAACUCUCUCCUUCCUCACCAUCAUCAUCCUCCUAACUCCAUCAACCGCAGAACAAGAACCAUCCUUUGUCUCCCCCGUCGACCAACUCCUCAACAAAACCAGCUCAUGGCUCCACUUCCCGACCAAAUUCAACCAACCAAAAAUCGAACUAACAACCUCGACAAUCAUCGCCGCCGUACUCUCUUUCAUCGCCGCAUCGAUCUCAAGCGCCGGAGGAAUCGGCGGCGGAGGCUUAUACGUUCCGAUAAUGACGAUCGUCGCCGGACUCGAUCUGAAAACAGCUUCGAGCUUCUCAGCUUUCAUGGUCACGGGAGGAUCCGUGGCCAACGUGGGAUGCAACCUCUUCGUGAGAAACCCUAAAGCCGGAGGCAAGACCAUGAUCGACUUCGACUUAGCUCUGCUUCUUGAGCCGUGUAUGCUUCUCGGAGUUAGCGUCGGAGUGAUCUGUAACCUCGUGUUCCCGAACUGGCUUAUAACGAGUCUCUUCGCCGUGUUUCUUGCGUGGUCGACGGUGAAGACGUUUGGAAACGGGGUUCAUUACUGGAGGUUGGAGUCGGAGAUGGUGAAGAUCAGAGAAUCGAGACGAGUGGGAGAAGAUGAUGAGGAUGAGAUUGAGAGUGUGAAGUUGCCUCUUUUGGGAGAUUGUGAUGAGAGACCGAAGAGGUUUCCAUGGAUGAAGCUUGGCGUUUUGGUGGUUAUUUGGCUAUCUUACUUUGCUGUUUAUCUUCUUCGCGGAAACAAAUACGGCGAGGGGAUCAUAUCGAUCGAGCCAUGUGGCAUCACGUACUGGCUCCUCUCAUCAACUCAAAUCCCACUCACACUCUUCUUCACUCUUUGGAUCUGCUUAAGUGACAAUGUUCAAGGCAACCAGUGUUCAGAUCACCAUGUCUCAGUAAAGGACGUAGAAGAUUUGAGAUCAUAUGAUGGAGGAAGAGCAAACAAAUGUAUGUUUCCUGUAAUGGCUCUACUAGCUGGAGUUUUAGGAGGUGUUUUUGGUAUUGGAGGCGGUAUGCUCAUUAGCCCUCUCCUCCUCCAAGUUGGCAUCGCUCCCGAGGUAACUGCAGCGACAUGUUCUUUCAUGGUUCUGUUUUCAUCCACAAUGUCUGCUAUUCAAUACUUGUUACUAGGCAUGGAACAUACCGGAACCGCUUGUUUAUUUGCGAUUUUAUGUUUUGUGGCAUCACUCGUUGGACUAAUGGUGGUUCAAAAGGUAAUAACUCAGUUCGGAAGGGCUUCGAUCAUAGUGUUCUCCGUUGGUAUUGUCAUGGCAUUGAGUAUUGUGUUGAUGACAAGCUAUGGAGCCCUUGACGUUUGGAAUGAUUUUGUCUCUGGUCGUUACAUGGGGUUUAAAUUACCUUGUUGAGACUAACCAAAUAAAGUUUUGGUUAAUAGUCAUAAUAGAUGUGUUUAUCCAUCAUGUUCUAUCAUGAUUUUGUGUUGCUCUUUAUUUUAUUUUUGUAUGAAUUUAAGAAAUAUUCAGAAUGCACAUCUCGUGCAUUCGAAUAUAUGGUCCAAAGAAAAAAGUUGUGUUGUAAUCUUGUAGUCAUGUAGACUGAAAUAAUCAUAUCAAAUUUUAUGCA